GGGGGGGGGGUACAUGCUCACAAGGAAGAUAAACAGAGAAACAAAAAAAUGAAAAUGGCAGUUCAGGCAGCACUCUCAGUUGUCUCUGUAAGUUCAGUGCCUAAAAUCAGGUGUAAGAAGGUUGAAACCAGAGUUAAUGUAAUGAAGAACCAAAGAGAGGUUGGUCUUGUUAAGUUCAAGCUGGUUAGAAACCAUGGGGAUGGAAGAAUCAACUUCACAAGAUUGAAUGCUGCAGGGUUGUCUGAGAUUGAACCUGAUCUCAAUGAAGACCCUGUUGACAGAUGGGCCACCAACAGCGUCAGCUCUGAAGAUUUUAAGUAUGGGGAAUAUGAUGGGCACCAUACUUACUUUGAAGGAGAGGAGAAAGGAACAUUUUGGGGAGCCAUUGCUGAUGACAUUGAAGCUAUUGAACCUCCAACAGGAUUCCAAGGCUUUAUUUCAUGGCUCUUCCUCCCUGCAGUUGCUGCCGGAAUGUUUUUCAAUGUUCCAGGGGAGUACUUGUUCAUAGGAGCUGGAGUGUUUACGGCUAUAUUUUGUAUAAUUGAGAUGGAUAAACCAGAUAAGCCUCACCACUUUGAGCCACAGAUAUAUAACAUGGAAAGGGGAGCUCGUGAUAAGUUAAUAAAUGACUACAAUACCAUGAGCAUUUGGGAUUUUAAUGAGAAAUAUGGAGAUCUCUGGGAUUUCACUAUCAAGAAAGAUGAUAUAACAAAGAGAUAAACUUCUCUGGAUCAGAAAAAGAGAACUGUAAUUAUUAGCUACUGUCAUGUGAGCAUGGUCUGGAAGAUGUAUUUUUCGGUCCGAUGCGAUCACGUUCGAUUGCAGUAGAUACUAAAUCGAAACUGUCGCCUUAAGUAGGCUGCUAAAACUUCAUCAUAGGUGUGAGAGCUUUGGGAGUGCUUUUAUGAUGAUUUCUUUACAAGGUUAAUUUGAAUGCCUACUAUAUCAGUUUCCAUCAUUUGUUUUUGAAGAUAUAAAGGCUCUAUUCCAUUGAGUACCGAGAAUAAGAUUAUAUGCAAAUUCUACUGUUUAUACCUCA